CUUUAGUGCACAGCAGCGCGGCUCCUGAUGCCCAAAGCAUCUUGACCCAAAAGGUGACCAUCGCCUUCAGAGACUCAGGUUGUUGUGACGCUGCGCAUCCUUCACAAUGGAGGACCAGAUGAACAGCAGCAUGCCGCCGCACAAGAGGCGACGUGUCGCUGAGGAGGCCAACCAGCAGCUGGCUAGGCUGCUGGAGGCAAGCGGCCCAACACCUCCAGAUUUUGGUGGUCGUGUGGCCAGUAUGCUUUGGGAUGUGGAGGUUCAGUACUUUUCCAAAGUUGAGUACAUCCACCUCUUCUUCGGCCUAGGCAAUGUGCCCAUCAAGAUGCGCACUCGCCGUGUUGUCUCGCCAGAGUUGUACUCGCUCCUACGCUGCAGCCGCUUGGUUCGACAAGGGCUCAUUGCGGCUGUGGAGAUGAGACGCUUGACGAUGGAGCCAGAGGAGUCCACUGACGAGAGGAGCAGAGUGGACGAGCUUUGCAGCGCUUUGAGGUACAAAUAUCCAGCAUCCUGGGCUCGAGCUUGGGGACAAGGUCGCCUUCCAGAAGAAACGGAACCUGCGCCGAUAGUGGUUUAUUGAGCGACUUGCACCUAGAGCUAGGCCACUUUGAGGCCUUUGAGCCGGACCAUCGAAGGUGCUGGCGGUGCUGACUGACCAAAGUUAGCCAUGCUGAAUUUGUGAGCUCUUGUCAGGGCUGAGCUGCUACAUGAUUGACAUUGGU